UUGGAAAAAAAGGGAAGAAAGACACGCGGUUCUAAAGUUAGCCUCGUCGGCUCCGUGAAAUUCUCUCCUGUUUCUUUUGCAAAGAUUCUUCCUUUUGAUCCAUUCUGUUGCAAAAUCUGUUCUUCUUCUUUCAUAUAUAAAGAAGCCAUUUGUCUCAUUGGUAUAAUUUUAGCAAAUCUCGAAUUUUCUCUCUUUUUUUUAUAUAUUUUUUAAAUUAAGUUUUUGGCCGAUUCGGAUCUUCCUAGGGAAUAGUAAUUCAAUCAGCUUAUACCCUCGAUUCAUUUGUUCUCUGGAAUUAUAGAACAAAAGAGAGAGAAGAAAUAUUGAUUCUUGAUUCUCUCUCUUCCCCAUUGUAGUUCCUGAGACAAAUCCUAGGUAUUUUGCGGCUUUUUUUUUUGUUUGGUUUGGUUUCUCUCUCGCAUUUCUCAGACGGGUCUUUUCCGGGUGGGUUUCUGGAGCUGGGCUUGCUGAUAAUGUUAGAGACAUGAUCUCAUACCAGCUCCUUGUCUGAAUCCCUUCGCCAUUGCUGCCGUCAUCCUCAAGCUCUCUGUUCUGGGCGUGUUCUUUCUUGAAUAAAGUUUUGUUGUCGUCCUGGAGAAUCUGAAAGGAAAUGGGCUGCUUCUCUUGUUUCAAUCCUCGAACGAAGGACAUAAGGGUCGACAUCGAUACCUCCCGAUGCAGCUCUCGCCACCCAAAUGACUCCUCAGUUAACGUUAUCAGUGAUAACGGUGGAAGAACAGAGUCGAAUUCGGGUGUUUUAGUUGAUGGGAAGGUGAAUAGCCCUAAACCCGGCGGCGGAGCCCGAAGCUUCACGUUCAAGGAGCUGGCGGAAGCGACAAGGAAUUUCAGGGAAGUGAAUUUGAUCGGUGAAGGAGGUUUUGGGAGGGUUUUCAAGGGCCGUUUGGAUUCAGGACAAGUAGUGGCGAUCAAGCAACUGAACCCAGAUGGCCAUCAGGGUAAUCAGGAGUUCAUAGUGGAGGUUCUCAUGCUUAGCCUCUUACAUCAUCAGAAUCUCGUAACUUUGAUCGGUUACUGUGUUUCCGGUGAUCAGAGGCUUCUUGUCUAUGAGUACAUGUCCAUGGGAAGCCUGGAAGACCAUCUUUUCGAUCUCGAACCUGAUCAGGAGCCUCUGAACUGGAUCACCCGGAUGAAAAUCGCGGUGGGUGCAGCUCGUGGUCUAGAGUACCUUCACUGCAAAGCAAACCCGCCCGUGAUUUACCGUGAUCUGAAAUCUGCAAACAUAUUACUAGAUGAGGACUUCAACCCGAAACUCUCCGACUUUGGACUGGCCAAACUAGGUCCUGUCGGCGACCGAACACAUGUCUCAACCCGUGUCAUGGGGACCUACGGAUACUGUGCUCCCGAAUAUGCGAUGAGCGGAAAGUUAACGGUUAAAUCAGACAUCUAUAGCUUCGGUGUCGUGUUACUCGAACUGAUCACUGGCAGGAAGGCCAUUGAUGUGACAAGACAGCAGGGUGAACAGAACCUCGUCGCUUGGGCACGCCCGUUGCUCAAGGACCAGAAGAAGUUCGGACAGCUUGUGGAUCCUUCGCUUCGGGGGAGAUAUCCGAGGAGGUGUCUGAACUACGCGUUAGCGAUAACAGCGAUGUGUCUGAACGAAGAAGCGCAUUACCGACCGUUCAUCGGAGACAUAUUGGUGGCUCUCGAGUACUUAGCCGCUCAGAGCGAAGCUUCAGGCUCUCGAAGUGCAGCGUCCAAGUCGCCGAGGAAUGUGACCAGAAACGAUGAAUGAGUUUGCAAGACAGAUAGAGCCUCUGGUAGGUCCAGAAGGUUUCGUCUCAUUAGAGGGAGGAAAGAAAAAGUAUCCGCCAACAUUAUAAAAUUUGUUGAAUUUAUUUAUUUUGGGUUAAAUUUUAUAUGGUAUUUUUUCAUUGUUUGUGGGUUUUUUAUGUAGUCAUAGAUUGGAUUUGGACGACGAGGAUUCGCUGAAUGCGAAUUGGAUGUCAUGUAAACAUUAAUUUUUAAAGCAAAAAAAAUCAUAUUUUGGUAA